GAGAUUCGUGAAAUUUACCCCGCCAACCCCACCUCCCAUACGAAGCUCGCCAAAGUCAACAAACCGCCAAAGCGAACGACAAGGCAAUAACAAGCAAAGCAUGGAACCUGAACCAAGCAGGUAGUGGAACGGCAAGAUCGCAACCAUUUUAUGUACAGACUUUACGGAAAUAAUUUCCGAACGAUAACCCUGCAAAUCUCCUGCUAAGACACUACAACCACGCCUCCAUCAAACAAAAACACCAUGGCCCCCCCUUCAGCUCUCAACAUCGCGACCCAAUCGGUCAACCGCCUCGUCAGGGAGGAAUCCUACUACCACAAAGAGCAGACCUCCCAAGAGGCCCGCAUCAAGAAGCUCCAAGACGAAAUCGCCGCCAACAGCCCUGACCUGGACAGCAACGCUCCCUACGUUCUCAAGCAGGAGCAAACGGCACUUGAAGAGACCAAGGCAGUGUUUGGUCCCCUCAUCGAUAGGAUUGCUGGGGCGGUUCAGAAGCUUGAGGAGCAGAUUGCCAUUUCCGAGAGUGAGGGCUCGGCUUCUGAGGAGGAUCUGAAGAAGGCUAAAGAGGCGUUGGAGAAUGGCAAGAAGGUGACGGAGACCGUUUAAGAGGUGAGGGGUCCAGAUGAAGAAAUGAUAGAGGAAUGGUGCAAAUUUACCAAGUAUCGAGAUACGGUGAAAACUGCGGAGUGAUUGGGCUUUGGACGUCUUUGAAGAGGUAACCACAGGGAUUUCGACAUAAACCACAGGUACACUCAAGCUGGAUUUUGGGCCCAUGAUAUUAACAAGAGAGCUUAGCCGGAUUUAACGUACAUAGCUACACCAUUCAUUCCACUGCUCGAUAACACCAUUCCCUAUACUUCAUAUCCUUACGUGGUGUCCAUGGUGUCCUCAUCUGCAUUAGGACCGUCAACCGUGAUCCGCGGUCGCGGCGGGGUCUGGUCCGGCAGAGGCGAAAGAGGACUAUCCGGCUCCUCGACUUCCUCCUCAUCUUCCUUGACCUCAGUCAUCUCCACAUCGGUUCCCUGUGUCGCUUCGUUGCCAUCACCUCUGGUAAUAGAACCUUCGCGGCUCGCUUCCUGGCUUGUCGUUUGCGAGUAACCUCCCGAGACGUCAUGAGGCGGCUUGAGGAAUGACUGGUUCUCAUCACCCGGGGCAGGAGUAUCGCGCGCCGGUGUUCUGGCGCCAUGUGUCGAGACGGGAUGGGGUGUGCCAGCGGCGUCACCGCUCUCCACUCCGCUCUUCGUUGGUAGUCCGCUGUCCGGCCUCGGGGUUGCAUUGCCGCUAGAAAUCCCGGGCCGAGGGGUCUGUCCGGCGUCCGCCUCGGUGUCGCCGGCACCGCCUUCGUCAUCGCCCAUGCCUUCGCGGCGCUCCACCUCCUCCUUCUCAUCACGGAUCAACCGCCUCAACCGCAUGCUCUCAUCCAUAAUUUUGGCAAACUGGUCGCGCCGCUCAUGCCACGUAAUGCCGUAGGUCUCGCUCUCCGUCUUUAACUCGGCAAUUUCCUCCUCCAGUUUCCUCAGGUUCGCCGCCUGCUCUGCCCUGGUACGCAAAGCAGGGUUGUUGGUGAUCUUAUCAGCCAGCUCAUCGAACUUCUUGCGCUCCUCAAGCGUGGCACGGGCCUGCUCUAGUUGAACACGUAGCUGGACAGUGUUGUUGCGCACCGCCUGUGCCGUGUUAAGAAUGCGCUCACGCUCGGCAACAUAUCGUUCGCGCUCACGCUCGUUGGCAGUCAGAAGGAACUGAAGCCGCGCGAUGCUGCUAUCAAAGGCGGCAAAAUCCAGAAUGAUGUCCUCCUUGAGCUGAGCGAGGUCUGAUGUGGCCGAAUCGCCGGUCACGGUGGGCGUUUGGACUUCCUGCUCGGUAGUUCCAGCAGUCGCGCCAUUGCCCUCCGGAGGCGGGGUGGGUGCUUGACGAGCUCUCGAGAGAGUUAAGGAGUGAAGAGUACUAAGACGCUUAGUCACGCGCUUGAAGGGCUUCUCUUCCACGUUGAGAAGUCGUGACUUGUGGAGCUCAUUCUCCUCCUUGUCGUCAAGUAGACCCCAGGAAGCCAUCCUGUGGUUGUGAUGUUGGUAUCGAGAUGCUCAGCGUCAAUGUUUGAUUGUUUUGACGGACGUAAAUAUGAUUGAAAAGGAGUCCAAUGAUACGAGAGAAGUGAAAAUAAAAAGAAGACAACAGAGUGUAGAAGGUGAAGUCUUCGAUUGCGCCGGAUAACUUCGUGCAGUCUU